CACUAGGAGACGUGUAUAGGGUGGGGUUGUAGCUCUCGCCAGUGCAAGGCUGCAUGCCGGUCGCCUGUGGAGGAGAGAGGGGGAGGGAGAAGAGGGGGAUAGGUUCAUCACAGAGAGAGAAGGAGGGGGUGUCGGCGUGAACAGAGGGAGGGGAAGGGAAGGAGGGGUUUUAAAGGGUGGGCUUGUAGUCAUUGUUAGCCAGCAAGUCAGAGAGAGGCGCGAGCAGGCAGACAGUGAGUGUGUGUGCAAAUUGUGAUGAGUAAAAGCAUUAGGCGACUCAGCUGUUGGUACAGCCAGUGAGCGUGUGCAAGAGCGCGAGGGAGUGAGAGAGAAGUGUAAGGCAAAAAGGAAAGAAAGAAGGGAAAAGAGAAAGGAUAUUACAAGUAUGCUGUGCUGCAUAAGAAGAACAAAACCGGUUGAGAAGAAUGAAGAGGCUGACCAGGAAAUCAAGCAGGAUGAGAAGAAACCAGAGGACAAAGCCCACAAGGCGGCCACCAAAAUCCAGGCCAGCUUUCGUGGACACAUACUCCGGAAAAAAAUGAAAGAUGGAGAGGAGGAUGAGGAGGCCAGUCCAGCUGUCCCAGAGGAGGCGGCGAAGGAGGUGGCAGACGGAGAGGAGGAGAAGAAGGAAGACAUCCCCCCUGCGACUGAGCAGGCUGCGGAGGAAAAAGACCCCACUGAUGUUAAAGAGGAGGAGACAAGCCAAGCCAAAAGCCCCAUCUCAGAAAAGCCAGCAAACUCUCCUGCCCCUGUCGCCACCUCUCCCGUAGCCGCAGCCACCUCGCCUGUGACAGCAGCAGCCUCUCCCACUGCAGCGGCGGCGCCUUCAGAGCCUCCCAAAGAGGAAGCCAAGGCAGAGCCCAGCAACACCAAGGAGAAGCCCAAAGAGGUGGACAGCAGUGAAGCUCCGGUUUCUGCCCAAAUCCCCUCCACUGAUUGUGCUGAAAAGAGCGUGGAGGGUGGUGCUGUCCAGGAGGAGUCCAAACAAGCCGACGUGCCUGCUGCUACUGUCAGUGAGACGGCUGAUAAGGAGGAGCCUCACCAAACACAAGACAAAAAAGAUGCUGCCGAAGAAUCCCAACCAGCUGAGGCCCCAGCAGAGGCAGACCAGGAGUCCAAGGAGGGCCAAGAGAAAGUUUAACAUAGAGAAAAAAAUUACUAUGAUUACAAAUUAAUUUAAAGGGUGACUCUUCUCCUUCUGAAUGUGAAGACAGUCCGUUUUUAUUUGUUUGUCAUGUUUUUGUGUGGCGAUGAUUUCCUUACGUUGGGGGAGUUUCCAACAUGCCUUUUUUUGGCUCAAGCUAUAAGUGCUAUGAUUUGGGUAUGUUCCGUAUCUUACAUGAUUGAAUCGAUGGUUGGACGUAUCCACGUUUUGAACUGAGUUUCAAAACCCUAGAAAGCUGGACAGGACAUUUUCAUAUUCUGCUUGAGUUUAUCAAGCUUGGUUUACGUUCUUUGAGUAGUCGGUACUUCUCCUUCCUCACUUAUACAACUAACAGGUCUGAGGGGAUUUUGAGGACUUUACAGAAAAUGAUGAAUAAUAUGACAUAAAUGUUGUUGGCCCCACAACUAAAAUCCCCCUUCCAAAGUACAUGAUUAGCAUGAACCAUCUAACAAGUUGCAUGGGAACUCUUCCACUGAGAGGAACUUUUCAGUCACAAUACAAAAAAAAAUGUGGCUUCAUUUUGAUGUCCUUGGUGUUGUUAUGACAGUUUGAUAUAAAUUGGAAUUACUCUUGCACUGAUGUUAAAAAGAAAAUCAAACAAACAAAAUUAAAAAACGUUUCCUAUGUCCCAGUGAGUGCAAUGUCCAGUUUGAAUCUGAGGAGUUCAAUUGUGAAAAAAUAAAAAAAUGGUUUCAAUGUCUGUUUUCAAAAUAAAGCAAUGUGCCAAUUACCAUCA